CCUCUGCUCUGGCAAGUGCAGAGGCGACAUCCCUGGCAGGCGGAACAAUCCCCGUAACAAGAAUGGCCCGGCAGGCGAACAGGGCGACGGAAAACAAAAAAAUCAGUUCAGAGCUGUUCUCUCUCACAUAUGGAGCACUGGUGACUCAGCUCUGCAAGGACUAUGAGAAUGAUGAGGACGUCAACAAGCAGCUGGACAAGAUGGGUUACAACAUUGGUGUUCGUAUCAUCGAGGACUUUCUGGCCCGCUCUAACAUUGGCCGGUGUAACGAUUUCCGGGAAACGGCUGAUGUCAUAGCCAAGACGGCUUUUAAAAUUUACUUGGGUGUGACUCCGACUGUGACCAACUGGAGCCCAGCUGGUGAUGAGUUCUCACUGCUGCUGGAGACCAACCCGCUGGUGGACUUUGUGGAGCUUCCAGACAACCACUCCAACCUGGUGUACUCCUCCAUGCUGUGCGGAGUGCUGCGCGGAGCCCUGGAGAUGGUGCAGAUGGCGGUGGACGUGCGGUUCGUUCAAGACUCCCUCAAAGGCGACGGCAGCACGGAGAUCCGCCUCAAGUUCCUCAAGAGGAUCGAGGAGAACAUUCCGGCGGGAGAGGAGUAACCGGCCUGGCCACCGCCCGCGAUCUUUUGCUCACACGGGGGGUGACAAGCGCCCGUAUAGGGCGGCGAGGGAGAGCGACUCAAUUAUUUAACGGGGCUUCACACUGACGGAUGCUGUUUCUUUUUUUUUAGAGUAAGGUGCACCCCAGAAAUGAAAUCUCCUCUUGUGAAUCUUGUAGGUAUACGAUGCAUACAAUCUCUUGUGUCACCGACUGCGUGACAUCAAAGUCUCGGAAGUGGUUGAUUGUUUUUCAUGGUGAUCCGGUGCGUCGUGAUGUCAUUGUGAUGUCACUUUCGUCCAUAAAUCACAGCUGUAAUGUCUUGAAGGCAAUGACUGGGUGCUUGUCUAUAUUUGUUAAUUUAUGGUAGUUAUUUUCAUCAUAUCGACAAUAUAAAAGCCCGUUUAUUUUCUUGGUCGCAUCUUCCUUCAUGUUAUAACACCGCACCUCCGAUUAGCACGUUUGGCUACGUACGGUGCGAAAGAUGUUCAACAUACAUGACGUAGGUUAUUUCAGCGGUUAUAUCUUGUGAAAUGAUCAGAUUCCAUUCCUAAAGUUAAAUCCUUGGUGGUUUAUAUACAUGCGUCAUCACUCGGGCCAUAGAUUUUCCACCGGUCAGUCUCGCUUCCUGCGAAUGAUUACAUUUAACCAAACAACACCCGAUCACCUUUGACCCCAUCAAUCGCAAGUGUGUACAGAUUUGUAAAAUAGUACGGCAUUGACUUUUACAGCGGCGAUUCUUGUUGAUUGCAAUAAAUAACCGGUCAAGGUCGCUUACAAUGAGACGCUCUAGGAACUAGUUGGACCUUGUGGAAAACGCAACUUGAAAGGCAUUUGUUGCGUUGACAGCGGCGUUGGCUUUUGUGUGCUGCGCGUGUGCCGAUGAGUGAUAGCGUAGUCGUUGGCGCGCUGCGGGGCCAGUUGACCAGAGUUCGAUUCCUGCUUCGUGGCGAACAUCAUUGGCGUAUAUCUGAACCGUUCCUGGGCUUCCCCUAGGUCGACUCGGCCUUAAAUGAGUACCUGGUAUGGUUUGUAAGCAUAAGCAUUGGGCUUCCCCCGCACCUCCGAUUAGCACGGUUGGCUACGUACGAUGCGAAAGAAGUUCCUUUAUGCAAAGGCAGUGGGGCAUGGUGCUGGCCACACCACCCGCUUGUGUACCAUGCCUGCCUUCGUAGGUGCUUGUGAACAGCCCUUGCCCCAAAGGUUCCGUUAAAGGCUAUACAGGGGAUGUUAGCUGUGUGUGUACUGCACUGUAUUGUGAAUACGGUACUAUAAUGUGAUUUUGUACGGCCUAUUAAUGUCUACAUUUGUAAAGAAGUGUGCAUCCACAGUAGAAAUUAUUGUAACCGAAUAAUUGACUCUGAUUAAUAGGCGUGUAUGCGAGUGCAGUACGCGCACAUGCCCGUAUAUGCUCUGUGCGGCGGUGUAUUGAAAAGUAAUAAAUUGCAGGCCUGUGUUUGUGCACUGCUGGAUGAAGGCCUCCCCAUGCUGUGCAGUCGUGGGGGUUGUUGAAUUGUUCACUAGCACACUGAUAAGUGUAGGUUGAUGUGGAGAGGACCCACCGUUCAACUAGGAUAUCGCUGCUGAUAUUAGCUGUGGUCAGGAAUCGAACCUUGGUUAAUGUUUUGAGUGGGUUUUUUUGUUCUGCCUUUUGUGUUGCUUUCAAUAUUUUAUAAUGUAAAAAAUACAAAUAACAUUGCAAGCUGCAAACGGACUACACUUGGCGUCAUGGAAAUAAUAAGCACGGUUGGCUGAUUUGCACCGCUGGCUACAUACGGUGCGAAAGAAGUUCAACAUUCAUAAUGGGGUAUUCCGAGGACUUGCUGUCCACUGGAACCUAUUGGCCUCCUCGUGGCACUAUGACGACACAUUUCCUGACCACGUGACGCUCUUAACGUGAAGCGGAUUGGCUGCGGCCAAGUGAAUCGGGCUCGCGACCCGUUCCAGGGGAUAUCGGAACACAAGUUUGGUUUGUCGCGACAAUAUUUCGUCGCGAUAUCCCCUGACGACUCUCCCAGCGACAGUUCCAAGUACGGUGAGUCCGACAGCCGUUGCCACCAAUGCAAGAUCAUGAAGUUUUAUGUUCCUUCUGUAUGUUUGGAGAGAAAAAAUUAAGUAAAGUCAAGUGUCAUGGUGUCAC